GGCCGCUGUGGGCACCACGGAGGGUUCUCUAGCCGCCGGCCUACGGUGUAGUUUCGCUUUUUCGGCCGCGAGCAUUCUAUGGUGCCUGCCGGGACAUGUGGCGCCUCACGGGGCUUCUAGGCCGAGUUUGCUCCCGUCUUCCGGGACCUGACUUUCGGGGGGUGACCCCCAAGCCCACCAGCCCAGAUGGGUCUCAGGCAACCUCCUCCACCCUGCUGGUCCCUGUGCCCAGUCUUGACAGGUCUGGCCCCCAAGGCCCAAGCAGGAGCAGAGGCCCAAAGUCACAUGGAUGGAAGGAUGCUUUGCAGUGGAUGUCUGCUCGGGUCUCCCCAAACACCCUGUGGGAUGCCAUCUCAUGGGGCACUCUGGCCUUGCUGGCCCUACAUUUGGCAAGGCAGGUCCACUUCCAGGCAUCCCUGCCAGCAGGACAUCAGCAAGCAGAAUGCUCUUGGCGUAGUCCUUUGCAGCGCUUCCUCCCUGCUCCCUGCUGGCACCGGUACUCUUCUCUGCGGAGCCAUGUUCUCCCCAGCCCUGACAGCCCAGCUUCCAGACACAGUGGCCUCAGGGAACCCAGACUGAGCCAGGAAGAACUGGAAUCUCAGCUCAGGAGUUCUCUUUCACCCAGCUCCUUGAAGGCAACUAAUUCUCAGGAGCCUCCUGAGGAAGAUCCCAGUGAUUUGAACUUCCUUCAAGCCAGCAGUGGCUUUGAGGCCAAGGUACAGCCACAGGCACCUGGUGAAAACAAGGAACAAGAGAAAUCAAAAGCCCUUCCCCUGGAAGAGGCCAUGACUUCCAUUCAGCAACUCUUCCAACUCAGCGUUUCCAUCGCUUUCAACUUCUUGGGAACAGAGAACAUGAAGAAGGGGGAUUACAUGGCAGCCUUUACUUACUUCCAAAAAGCUGCAGACCGUGGAUAUAGCAAAGCACAAUACAACAUGGGCUUGUGUCAUGAGCAUGGCAGAGGCACGUCUAGGGACCUCAGCAAGGCGAUUCUGUAUUACCAACUGGCUGCUAAACAGGGUCAUAGACUGGCUCAGUACCGCUAUGCCAGGUGCUUGCUGCAAGACCCCACCUCCUCGUGGCACCCUGAGCAGCAGAGGGCAAUGUCCAUGCUGGUGCAGGCUGCAGACUCAGGCUUGAGAGAGGCCCAAGCUUUCCUCGGAGUGCUUUUCACCAAGGAGCCAUACCUGGACGAGCAGAAUGCUGUGAAAUAUCUUUGGCUUGCAGCCAAUAAUGGGGAUUCACAGAGCAGGUACCACUUGGGAAUUUGCUAUGAGAAGGGCCUUGGUUUGCAGAGGAACCUGGGAGAGGCUGUGAGGUGUUACCAGCAGUCAGCGGCUCUCGGAAAUGAACCCGCCCAGGAGAGGCUUCGGACUCUCUUUUCCAUGGAGGCAGCAGCCCCAAGGCCCCGCCACCUGACAGUGACAGGACCAAAGUCUUUCUCCAGUCCAUCCCUGUGCAGCCUGAACACCCUGCUGGCAGGAGUUUCUUGCCUGAAUGCUUGGAUGUGUCUGCAUGACUUUUUCAGACCUCCUCAGCCGGUGAAUUCUUGGAGUUCCAAAGAAGAGGCCAGUUAUCCACUCACCUUCCCUUACACCUGGAGCACCUCCUCAACACCAUAAAGAAAAGAAGUAUGUGAAAAUGCAGUUCUGGUUCUGCUAAAUACCUGGCAGUAAAGCCAUGAUCUGACUGAUUUAUUGCUUCCUUAACUGUAGAUCAAGGACAGUGGUAUGUGCCCUCACAUCUAUAGGACUGAGGUAGGGUGGCUCACUGUGAUAGACCUCAUUGUUUACUUUGGCCCCUGAAGUAGGUGAUGCCCCUGGUCAUACCUGUAUGAGUCACCAAACCAGGAUAAGGACGUGGGCUUCCUGACUCCCUUGCCCAGGCUUCUGAUCUGCCAGUUCACAGUCAUUGUCUGUGAAACCAUUGUUAUUGUCCUGCUGAUAUGAGGGAAUAAAUGGAGACCAGGCUCCUGGAGUCUUGGAGCCAGAGAGUGUAGAUUGUGAGUCUUCAUUUGGGAAAGGUGAGCCAGAAAUGUAUGAGUGUUUAAUAAAGCAGAGUGGAUUAUCUCAUCACUCUUGCCCUUGAGUGUGUUGGGGAGAGAUAGGGAGAUGAGCAGGGAGAACUGAAAGCCAAGGCUCCAUCCUCAUCUCUAAACUCUCCAUUAACCAAUUUAAAGGGUCUUAAAAGCUUCUCUAAGAGAGAGACUUAGGAAAAAAAAAUGAUUUCUGAGGCAACACUAAUGACUCCCAAUAACUGAAUUUGUGAAUAGCUGUUCUCUGGCUUCUGGAUGUUAGCCCAAGUUCAAUAGCAUAGAUGUGGUUGAAGAUGGGGGUGGGAGGGACUGAGGAGCAGCCGCACAUACCCCCUGUCUAGUUGACUAAGUAGGAAGGACUAGCCAGAGUGGUGGGUGAGAGGUGGGAAAAUUUGGGGGAAAUGUCUUCAUUUCACUCUCUGCUGCCCACUUCCGCCUUUCACCACUCUCUCAAGUAGUCCCCCGCACCAGUGGGGCUGUAGAUUCUCCCUAUGACUACCCUGUACACUGACCUCACCCCUAUUGAAUCUCCCACAGACAGUGCUCCUUGGCUUUGUAUUCCAAUGUCCCAGCACUUAGCAUACUGCUUUGUACAGGGCAGAAGCUCAGUAUGCAGUUGUAAGCUAUGCAGUGCACUAAUCUCUCCG